AUGUCCCUCAUUCUUUUCUUAAUUUUUGGCCCUGUUAUUGCCAUUGCAACAAGCUCUACUGAGCACCCUGCAACAAGUCACAGUCCCGGGAGCCCCGCUUUGCUUCUGUUGGCCAUUCAUGGCAACAAGCGAACAGCGCCCACCUUGGGAAGAUCAAAACCACCUGUUCAAGUGGCUGAAACUCCUCCGAAGCCCUUGCCGCAAAUGAUGCUUCCGAGGAACAUGACCGCAGAGGCGCUCAAGCCCCCCCUGGGCGCUGCCUUAGCACCUCCUCCCAAACGACUUGUGGACAUGGAUGUCUGCAGAGGCUACUAUGAUGUCAUGGGACAGUAUGACUUCACUUUCAACUGCUCGAAAGAUUCGUUCAUAUACUGUUGUGGGACCUGCCACUACCGGUUCUGCUGCCAACACCGCAGCAACCGGUUGGACCAGAACUCCUGCAACAACUAUGACUCUCCAGUAUGGGCCAACACCCCACCGCCUGCCACCAUUCCGCUGGACCACGGGCCUGACCCAGGCUUCGACCCUCUCCGGCAGCAGAGCAACAACACUGUUUAUGUCAUUGGGGGGGUGAUAUCCUUCACCCUAGCUGUGGCAGUUGGCAUUAAAGUGGCCUUCCACAAGGCUUCACGUCGGCCCAGACACAGGGACAUCAACGUGCCAAGAGCUCUGGUUGAUAUAUUACGCCACCAAUCAAGCCCAGUCCAGCAAGGGGAGAGAAACAACAGCGUUGCUCUGGGCUCUGGGGUGAAUGAAGGAACCCUUGGCCGACCCCCCAAAAAUCUUUACACUCCUGGUGUGCAGAGUAAAGACAACCGCAUGGGGAAUUUGCACCACAAUUUUAUCCAUCUGUCUGGCUCCAGCCCCAAACACACUGCUACCAUCGAGCGUGCGCCCCGCAUGAAUAACGCCCAGCUGGCCUCUUCAGGGACUCUUCUCUCUAGCAAACACAAUAACACCUCUGCCGCUCAUCCAUCCUUCCAUCAUUCCCUACACAACCUGGCCCAGCUGCCUCCUUCAUAUGAGACUGCCAUGAAACCUGAGAUCAACAGAUACUGCUCACUGAAGAGGCUUGAAAAAGAUCUGGAUGAGUACUCUGGCUACUACACCUCCAAACGGCGGCCCAACAACGCCCCUCCUUCAUUUCAUUCUUCUCAGCACCACCUCCACUGGGGUGGGGACUACACCCUUGGUGCCAGGGGUACCCUCCCUCUGCACGCUUCUCGUCCACGAAUACACGUACCUUCUGGCCCCCCUGCAACCCCCAACCCAUAUCCCUUACAACCCCCUCAGCCACAAUACAACCCUAAUUUUGACACACUGUCCAAGCCUCCACGAAGAGUGAUGUCACAAGAGCAGUUGCUGACAGUGGGUGAUGGCAACACUUUAUCCAGGCUAUCCAAGAACCAACAGCACCAGUAUUACAAAGCUAUGGCAGCAGCAGCAGCUGCAGCUAAGAGCUCAAACACCCAAACCCUUCGGAAGUCACAAGAGAGGCUCCUUAUGUCGCCUGACCGAUUGACCGAAAGGGUCAGUACAGGGGUAGGCAUGGGCGAUUUUGGAGGGAUGACCCCAACUUUACCCCGGCUUACCCAUCACCAAAAAGCACAGUCUCAGCAAAAUGUGUGUGCCACCCCCUCACUCGAUCGACACCAUAUGAUCAAGAUGAAUUCCCACCCUACCUCGGGUAGGGAGCAGGAGAGGAACGUGGUCAUGUCGGGGCAUGGGGGAGGAGUUGUGGGGUGGGGGGAGGUGCCUGGGGGAGGGACAGGGACGCUAGGCCAUAACGCCAGGAGGUUAGCUUUUGCAGCUAAGAGGCAGAACACCAUUGAACAGUUACAUUUUAUCCCUGGUGGUGGUGGAGGAGGUAGCGGCGGAGGGGGUGGGAGUCAAGGUUUGAGGACAGGGAGUAAAAAUGAAGUGACGGUGUGAAAAAAGAGAGAUGGAGAAGAGAGGGUUUAGGUGUUCAAGUAGAAGAGUGGUAGUGAAGGAGACAGAGCAGAAGCCGACAUAAAUGGUGGCUAAAGAGGGUGACAGAGAAAGAAAGAUGGGUAAUGGGGACAUGAGCAGACCCUGAUUUGGUGAAAGAAUCGAUUUGAAUCAAAGUAGUUAUUAGGAGGAGAAUAUUAUCCUGCUAUUUUUAUAUUUGCAAAAUGUCAGCCAUAUUUCUUAUCAAUUUUGCUUUACAUUAUGGUGCCAGGAGAUAUGAGAGAAAGAUUGGCAGCAGGGAAAGAUAAAAAGAGGGAAGAGGGAAACCACAAGACUGAAGAUGUAACCAAAUGCAGAGAAGAAUGACUUUAUUUGUGUUUUUGUAAAUGUCUUGGAAUUAAAAACAAACAAACAAACUAUUGAGCCAUAUUUGAGGAGAGAGCGGCCAUUAAAUAAAGAACGCAAAGAUGGAGAGAAAACUGACAGAGUGGAAUGAUAAAGAAUCUAGAAGGACAAGAAGCUACUGAAAGAUGUUUGCUAUGGCAAAAAGAUUGGAGGAAAAGAGAGCAACUUGAAUCAGAAGAUCUAAUUUGACAACAAAAAAACAAACAAACAAAAAAAACGAUUUUCAGCAAACUGACUGGAUUUUAAAGUUGCUCUCAGGCCUAGAGAAGCAUGUAUCAAAGCAUCGAGUCAUACAAUGGAACAAAAAUAUUCUUGGUCCGCUCAUUUUUCAUCAUUCUUAAUUGGAUGUGAUUUAGCUGAAACCAAUAAAGAAUGGGACUGGACUCUGUACUCAUGAAGUCUGUCAUCCUACUUAAGGAAACAUCUGUUAAUGAAUCGGUACUCUCUGAUGAUCUUGUUGGACAGGAUGACAUGUUUGAUAUGGACAACAUUACACUGGUUUAUGUAAUGCACUGAUUGGACAACUAAGUGAUCAAGCAUUCAACGGAAUGUGAUAAAGCAAAUGCUUUAAUGUAAGCUUUCUACAUGGAUAACAGCAGCUACAAACUAAAUUAGCAGCCAUAGUAUACUAACUGGACAACGGAGGCUUGCCUGCUUUGCCAGGUGAGAUGAUUGAAUUGAGUUAGCAUCCUAAUGCUUCUUCAUUGGUUGAUGUUUUUCAUGAUGUUUGGCUAGAAGUGAUAACUAACAAUGAAGUGGAAAGUUGUGCAUUUAAAUCGACUUGAAUAAUCCUCUUGCUUAAUAUGUGUGCAUUGACAAGAUAAAUACAAUUUUCAGCACACAAUAUGGGUGAUGCCGUAUUAGUCGUUAUUUAGAGAAACUAAACUGUCAGCUUGGUAUGGGGAACAGAGGUACCUGGGUUGGACAAUGCAACUUAACUGUAACAUGAAUGAUCAGACUGGAGAAGUCACACAGAAAACCAACUGAACAACAUGCCUGACAAUCAGCAUUUUCCAGGGAAACUGAUUCAACUAAAUCAUUUGACAUUGGAGUGACAGCACAGUGGUUUGUAAACUGUCAGCCAGUUCUGUGCAGAGAUCUGGCUCUAACAAGAUGGUGCUGCACAAUUUCAUCUGUGGAGUUUAAUCAGUAGUCAUUGCUUUCCUGAGAUAAGACUAGGUAUUGAGUGAAAAAGCUGAGUUGUCCUUCACUAAAAGCAAACUCUGCUCUUUAGAUAACUCACUUCACCACAACUUUAUGGGGGUAUUAUGAACGUUUAGUAACAUUAAGGGCUAUUCUGAAAAUCUUGUAUGUGUGUCUGUCGUCUGUAUUCUAUCAGAAGCUUACAUUUAUUUUUGUGUUAAUACAGACACUAAUGUGAAUACUGAUGUCCAUAUCUGGAGUUUAUAAGUGUAAAAACAUAAAAAUUAAAUUAUUCUGCACAGGUGUACCAUUAUGGUAUACCAAGGCAAACCUUUGGUAUUGCACACAGAAACCCGAUAAUAUUCACAAAACAGAGACAGGCAUACUUUAUGUCUUGUAAAUCUAUAUUCUGCAAAAAUAUUAAUAUAUGUUUACUACAGAAUGAAAGAGAGGAUGGAGAUUGUCACAUGUAAGGAGAAUCAUGUGAAAAUGGAUUCAGAUGCUUUUUUUUUUUACUGAAAGGUGAUGACCACGUUUGACAAACUAUAAAGGGUUGCAAAACUAACCAUGAUUGCCAGCUGGAGAGAGGUGCCACUUUACAUCUUUGCAAGUAUAUGACUGAAUGCAAUGGCUAUCUCUCAUGAGUGGCUCAGUGGGUUCGUGUGGUUUGAGUAUUCUCUCACUGCCUUCACCCCUUGGCUGAGGUUGGAGAUGAAUAGGCUAUAAAAGACUAUUCAGACAGACAAUCUUCCUAUACACUCUAUAUGUCUGUGUUUGUUCUGGUCAUGAUUAUAAUGAUUAUUAUUAUUGAUUAUUGUUGUUGGUUACUAUCAUUAUUCUUGAUUAUCCUGUGUAUUAUUAUUCUUAUUAUUCUUAUUAUUCUUAUAUUAUUAUUUAAUUUUUUAAUUUUUUAAUUUUAUUUUCACUGUGGUUUCUCAAUGUUUCCUGGUUUUUAAUAUUUGAAUUACGGAUGAAUUUGCAGAUGCAAACAGGGGUGAAAUAUUUUUGAGCAACCACUCAAUACAUACUACUUUGAUGUCCCAGACACUCUUAUUUGAGUUGAAUGCAUUGAGAAUUGGUUGAAUAAAAAUGGGCCAGAUUAGAUGAUAAAAAGCUUGAUGAUGUCACGGCCAGUUAUGACGAUGUCACAGUGCCGAAUUAUGAUGUCAUGGUGUGCAUGUGUGUCUGCGUGUGUGUGCCUGCGUGUAUACGAAUGUUUAUUGCAAAUUUUGUAAAAGGGGUUGUAGCUAUCUGAAUUAAGAUUUUAAAAGUCAGAAAAUCCUUUUUCAGGGAAUCCACAGAAAGCAGAAUUAAGCAAGAUUGAUUUAUUUUUAGAUCCCAGCAUCUCAAAGAAUUGUAGGCCAAGUAAAUACUAGAAAUGGCUUAGGGCUUAAUUGUACUUUUAAAAAACAUUUUUUCUUUUUACAAAAAGCCUUAAGUAACAAACUUUCUUUCAUUCUUAAUUCAAGGUGUACCUGGGCAGAAUAUUACUGGGUCAUUUUAAAUAAUAUUCAAAAUGUAUGAAUUGAUAUGGCUUAUAAAAUCUAGAAAAAAAAGUACCAGUAAAUAUUCUCUUUAAAAUGUUUUUUUUUUUCAAGUUUUGGAGAAAGUUGAGGAAUAAUCUGAGGAAUGUACUAGAUUUUGCUAGAAGGUAGAUCACAUUAUAACAGCUGUUAAGGGAUCUAACAAGAAACACAAAGUAAACUUUGCUCAAUUCUAAUAUUAACAACUCAUUUGAACACUCACUUAUAUAGGCAUUUGGUUUUUAAAAGGUUGUUAAUUGAGGGGAAGAGGAUAAUGUGUAAGGCACGAAUUUGUCAAUAUUUUCAUUUUUAUUACAUUAUGAAUUUUAGGAAAAUCAUUAGAUAGUGAUUUGUCAUUUGGAUUUAAAUAAAUCCUAGCUAUUUCUGUGUGCCUGUUCAUGGUUGAGACCUGUCAAAGACAUUUUCUGUGUGUUUGCGUGUGUGUGUGUUGAGGAAUUGAAUUGGGAGGGUGGGGGGAUAAAGGUGUGUGUAUAAUGUGUUGUCUUGUGUUUCAUAGCAUGGGGGUUGGCAGGUUUGUGAAGUGAGGAGUUUAUUUUGGUGAGGUACAUGUGUCAGCAGGAUGAGGGAUAACCUAUAUCUCUGUUUAUUUUGCAUAUAUUGGUAAAUUGCAUGGGUAAAAUUAUAUUACCCGUCUUGGUAGAAAAAAGAAGAGAAGAAUCUUGUAAGUGAAGACUCCCACCUGCCAACUGCACAACCCCCGUUCUUGGUUACAAUGGUGAUAAAAAUCUCACGUUUGUAAAAUAACAUUCAGUUAAUAAAAAAUAAAAAUGUCAA